UUUUAUAACUUAUUCGACAGUUUAGAUCAAAAUGGGAUUCAUCUUUUCAAAAUCUAUGAAUGAAAACCUGAAGAGUCAACAGGAGUUCAUGCUCAUGAACUCUCGACUUCAGGUGAAGCAGAGAACAUACUUGACACAGAGAAUACCUUGCUAGAAAUGCCAAAAGGAGCCAUCACUUUUGAAAGCCUUGAAAAAGCCAGAAGAGCUCAGAGCAAGUUCUUCAUAGAAAAAUAAGACUGUAACCACUCAGUAUUUCAAAAUACAAAAUUAUUUGUUUGUAAUCAUGUUGCUGACUUAAAAUAUGUCAAAUUAUUAGUUUUGAGAACACAAUCUUUUUAAAAUAAAAUGAAUUUCAUUUAAAAAUA